UAAUUGCUUAGAUACCGUUUGUAAUUUAAUAUUGUCUGAAUCCCCAGAAUUUCAGCCUACGAACAGGAAACAUUUUCCGAGUGCUGUUGUGCACAUAUAAUCAAGCCCCUUAAUGUCAUGUUAUACUUUUAGUCUAUUGGGUGCAUUAGAAAUACGCCAACGGAGAACUAGAGUGUCGGGCCUCAGAAAAUUUUCAGGAGGUUGCAUUUUGAUAUGUGGAUAGCUUGAGGUCGACUUCUUGUUUGUGAACGUUGACACAAUAAGAAACAAGGACUUGUCCCUUAGAUGUCUUUACCUGUGUCUUUAUCUGUGCGUUUCAAUGCAGCCAUGCCGGCAAGCUCUAUGGAAGGUCUUCUCUGCUGCCUUCCGUCAAAAUCAACCAAUGUUGUGGUGCCUGUGGAGACUUUUGAACCUACCAACGGUUACGAGUUCGUUGAGGUGAAACCAGGCCGCGUGCUUCGUGUUCGACAUAUAAUCCCUGAGCGGCCGGUGGUGGAGCAACCCACAGGGCAGGGUGGGUGCGUCAGUUGCAAGAGGAGGAUCUCAGUCUUCUGCAAUGGACAGCUGUUCAUCGAGAACCUGGGUGACAGUGCGGCUGCAGAGCAGAAAACCCGCAGCAAUGGUGACACAGAACCAAACAGCACUGUAGAGGUUGAACUGACAGGUUGCGGCAACUCUUCGCCGCCCGCCCAAGUCCCCGGUACCGAGUCGGACUCGGUCACGGCAGGAAAAGUCGUGACAGCUGAAAUGGGAACAGGAGGGGACGCGCUCGCCGCUUCGCAGGCCGGAGCGUCACAGGACCGACACAGGCGGAAGCUCAAACGCACUGUGGUGAUUGACUGCGAGAGGAAAAUAUCAGCGUGUAAAGGGACACAUCCGGAUGUUGCCCUGUUCUUUAUCCAUGGCGUGGGAGGCUCUCUCGAUAUCUGGAGGAGCCAGUUGGACUAUUUUUCUCGACUGGGCUAUGAGGUGAUCGCCCCCGACCUGGCAGGCCACGGGUCCAGCUCGGCGCCUCCAAUAACCGCCGCAUACACUUUCUACGCCCUGGCAGAAGACAUGAGACUUAUCUUCAAGAGAUACGCACGCAAGAGGAAUAUUCUCAUCGGACAUUCUUACGGAGUGUCAUUCUGUACGUUCCUGGCUCACGAAUAUCCGGAACAGAUCCACAAGAUGGUGAUGAUCAAUGGAGGUGGCCCCACAGCGUUGGAGCCCAGCCUCUUCUCUGUCUUCAACUUGCCUUCAUGUGUGCUUGACUGCCUUUCUCCACUGCUCAGCUGGAGUUUUCUCAAGGCCGGAUUUGCUCGUCAGGGUGCAAAGGAGAAGCGGCUGCUGAAAGAGAACAACGCCUUCAACGUUUCGGCUUUUGUGCUGCGUGCCAUGAUGAGUGGGCAAUAUUGGCCCGAGGGCGAUGAAGUCUAUCACGCUGAGCUCACAGUGCCCAUCCUGCUGGUUCAUGGAAUCCACGACAAGUUUGUCCCCGUUGAGGAAGACCAACGAAUGGCGGAGAUCCUCCUCAUCGGCUUCCUAAAGCUCCUGGAAGAUGGCAGUCAUAUGGUCAUGAUGGAAUGUCCAGAGGCUGUUAACACUCUCCUGCAUGAGUUCUUCCUCUGGGAGCCUGCAGCCCCUCCACCUCCAAAAUCCAAAGCCCGUCCAGAGACUGCCAAGGCCCAAAGGGACAACACCAAAACUGUGUCAGAUCCCGCCAAGGUCCGACCGGCAACUGCCUUGCAGGCCUCAUUGAACAGUGGAGCAGAGGUCAAGUUCGACAGAGGGGACAAAAAGUAAGAAAACGGCGGUGAUGACGAAACUCGAAUAAUAUUCCGUGUGAUCCACGUGGACUGUGAUGGCUUGAGCCGAAAACGUCC